CGGGCGCUGCCCGCCCUUUUCUCCGCGGCCGCGUAAUGGCUGCUCCCGAGACCCGGGGGGCUGCUGCCCGAGGGGAGGAGGACUGCGAGGGCAACCGUGGCGAAGCCGGGGGUGUCCGUUAUGAGGACAGUAAGGAUUGUAUCCUGGAGCCGCUUUCCCUGCCAGAAAGUCCAGGUGGCACCACCGCUUUAGAAGGUUCUCCAUCUGUGCCUUGUAUUUUCUGUGAAGAACAUUUUCCUAUGGAUGAACAAGACAAACUUCUGAAGCACAUGAUUAUUGAACAUAAGAUGGUCAUAGCUGAUGUCAAGUUGGUUGCUGAUUUCCAAAGGUACAUUUUAUAUUGGAGGAAAAGGUUCACUGAACAGCCCAUUACAGAUUUUUGUAGUGUGAUAAGAAUCAAUUCCACAGCUCCCCUUGAAGAACAAGACAAUUACUUUUUGUUAUGUGAUGUUUUACCAGAAGAUAGACUACUUAGAGAAGAACUUCAGAAACAGAGACUGAAAGAAAUUCUGGAACAACAGCAGCAAGAAAGAAAUGAUAACAGUUUUCAUGGUAUUUGUAUGUUUUGCAAUGAAGAAUUUUUCGGAAACAGAUCUGUUCUUUUAAACCACAUGGCCAGAGAACAUGCUUUCAACAUUGGAUUGCCAGACAACAUUGUAAACUGCAAUGAAUUUCUAUGCACAUUACAGAAAAAGCUGGACAACUUGCAGUGCUUAUACUGUGAGAAGACCUUCAGGGACAAAAAUACACUUAAAGACCAUAUGAGGAAAAAACAGCAUCGGAGAAUUAAUCCUAAGAACAGAGAAUAUGACCGAUUUUAUGUCAUCAAUUAUUUGGAACUUGGAAAAUCGUGGGAGGAAGUUCAAUUGGAAGAUGAUCGGGAGUUGCUAGACCAUCAGGAAGAUGAUUGGUCUGAUUGGGAAGAACACCCUGACUCUGCUGUCUGCCUAUUUUGUGAAAAGCAAGCAGAAACAAUUGAGAAAUUAUGUGUCCACAUGGAGGAUGCUCACGAGUUUGAUCUCCUCAAAAUAAAGUCAGAACUUGGAUUAAAUUUCUACCAGCAAGUGAAACUGGUCAAUUUCAUUCGGAGACAAAUUCACCAAUGUAGAUGUUAUGGCUGCCAUGUGAAAUUCAAAUCCAAAGCAGAGUUAAGGACUCAUAUGGAAGAAGCUAAACAUACAUCACUGCUUCCUGAAAGAAAGACCUGGGAUCAACCAGAGUAUUAUUUUCCAACCUAUGAAAACGACACUCUACUGUGUACACUGUCUGAUAGUGAAAGUGACCUGACGGCUCAGGAACAAAAUGGAAAUAUUGCCAUCAUCAGUGAAGAUACAUCUAAACUGCAUGCUUUGAAACAAAGCAGUAUUUUGAACCAGUUGCUACUACAUGAGGGCUUGAAAAACUAGAAGAAAAUACCACAGAAGCAACUUUUCAUGUUUUUCUCUUAUGAGACAAACUCAGAAAAAUAGUUUAAAUUUGGACAUCAGCAAAGGGUUAGUCCUUGGUGAAACAAAUUUUUUUAAAAUACUUUUCAAAAAAUAACCUGAGGACUUUUUGUAUUUUUGGCUGUAAAGCUCUACUAUAUGAUCAUUAUAAGUGAUCUCAUUUCAUUAUACUUGAUUGAUUAUCUGUAAUAAGAAGGACCUGCAGGGUACCUGGCUGGCUCAAGUGGUUGAGCAUGUGACUCUCAAUCUCCAGGUAUGAGCUCGAGCCCCAUGUUGGGUGAAGAGAUUAUCCCCCCCCCAAAAAAAGUUUUUAAAUAAGGAAGACAUACAAAUCACAAAGAAAUGAAAUGUUCAAAUUAUUUAUAAAGUUAAUUUCAGCCAGUAAUUUCAAUCUCCUCUCCCACACUCUUUCUUCAUCCAGCAAGUCACAAAAUUUGACUAUUUGUGUAAACUGUAGAAGUAGUGACCAAAAGAAAGGAAAAAUGGUCAAAGACCUGGAGAAUGUACAAAUUGGAAACUAUUUCAGAAAAGUCAAGAUCUGACUAUAUUAUUAUUACUGCUUCCUGCCUAAUGUAACCAAACUCCCUAUAACUGGACAUCAAGCCUCUUGUCUUCUGCAAUGCAUAUAUCACUAACAGAUCAAUGCCAUUUUUAAAAAACAUAAAUACAUACCAUUAUGACAUCUAACAAAAUUAACAAUAACUUCUUAAUAUCUUAUGUUUUCAGUUUUCCCUAGUUGUCUCAAAAAUGUCCUUUUGAGUAUUAUCGGUUAUAGGAAAAAUAUAGUAUGUUUCCUGAUUAGAUGCACUGAGGAAGAGAAAGCAUCAUGCUUGAGGAAUUCUUCAAAAAAUGCAUAAUGUAAAUAUAACAAAGAGAUAGUAGUCAAACCCAAGUUGAGGGACAGUCUAUAAAAUAAUCAGCCUUUAUUCUUUAAAAGUCCAGGUCAUGAAAAACAAAGACUGAGUUUUUUUCCUGUAAAAGAUCUAGUGGGACAAAUGGUACACUUUUAAUAAGGUCUGUAGCUAAUGUUAAUUGGUAUUAAUUUCCAUAUUUUGAUAAUUUUACUGUGGUUAUAUAUGAGAAUGUCCUUGUCUUUAGUUAAUACACAGUGAAAAUUAGGGGUAAAGAGCAUUUUGGCUGCAACUUACUCUCAAAAAAACAAUGUGAUUAUGUAGAGAGAAAAUGCUAAAGUGAAUGUAAUAUAUUGUUAACAUUUGGUUAGGUGAAGGUUAUAUAGCAAUUCUUGAUACUACAGCAACUUUUCUGUAAGUCUUAAAUGCUUUUACAGUUGGUAUGUUUAAAUCAGGUCCCAGGUGAGAUCCAUAUAUUGCAUUUGGUUGGCAUGGUUCUUAAGGGUCUUUUAAUCUAUACAGUUCAUGUUCCAUUCCUUUUGAAAUGGCACUUUUUUGUUAAAGAAACUGAGCCAUUUCUCUCCCUUUCUGAAUUUGGAUGAUCAUAUGUUCUUUGUAUCAUUUAACAUGUUCCUCUAUCACCCAUUUUCCCUGCAGACUGGUAGAUUUAAGAAAUUCCAGUAAAUUUGUGUUCAAACAAAUUUUUUUGCAAGAAUAAUCUUUAAGUACUGUUGUUGCAUCAUAUCAGGCAUAUAAUACCCCAUGUGCCAGUUUUAUAGAGAUUUUAGAGCUAAUAGUCCAUUCAGGUAUCAGUCCAUGCACCAUUAUAAAGUUCUCCAUCAGUCUUUUAUCUAACUAGUUUAGUGUUCAUUGUAAUUGUUAUCUAUUAUUUUUUUCUAGUGUCUUCAAAAUGAUAUUUUAAUUCUCUCAUUUCUUUUACAGUCUUUACACAGCAUGUGUACUGUAGAGAACUGUAGUUUGAAGUUCUAGUUUUCAACUGUUGAUACCAACCUAUGUAGGCAGUACCCAAAGACUAAUCUUGAAGUCAUAUGGCCUGUCAAGAGUCCCAAGAGUAAUCUCCCACCAUGUGAUCCAAAAUUUACUGGAUUUGUGAAUUUAAUAGGCUCUGACCAUGGCUUUAGAUUUCUAAGCCUCCAGGUUUGCAGAUAUCCACACCAGUCUUUUAUUAAAAAAACCAAGCAGUGAAGGAGCACCUGGGUAGCUCAGUCAGUUGAACAUCCACCUCUUGGUUUUGGCUCAGGUCAGGAUCUCAGAGUCGUGAGAUUGAACCCCACUGCAGGCUCUGCUCUCAGCAGGGAGUCUGCUUGGGACUCUCUCCCUCUGCCCCUUUCCCACUCUAAAAAAAAAUAAAUCUUAAAAAAGAGAGAGAGAGAGAGAAAAGCAAAGACAUAGAAGCCUUACUAUAAUGGAAAAUGCCUAAAUUUUUUUGGCAUUAAAUUAUUGCGUUAAAUUAUUCUAAAAGAUUAAGAAGGUAGUUAGUCCUAAACCUAGAACCUUGUGUGUCUAGGAAUCAGAUUUGUUCAGGAAAUCAGGGAAUCUUUAGUGUUUCUAGAAUGUACUUCAGUUUUAGAACAGGAACAAUGAAGGAAUGAGAAGAAAAUUAAGAAUAAUUAAGCUUGUGAAGGAGAAAGAUUUUUUUGGAGAUAAAGUUGAGAUCUUAGAGAACAGAUCAGAUGGAUAUAAGAGGAAAAAUGAAAUUGAAGGACAGAUUAAAAGGGAAAAGAUGAUGUACUUAGGUUUAACUCAUGUAAGAGGUUAUUUUUAAAAUGAGUAGAUGUUUUGGAGGGUUUUUUUUUUUUUUUUUUUUUAGCUCAGAAAUAAUAACUUGGUCCCAAAAAAAUCAAACAAGAAUAGAAGCAAAAUUUCAGCCAACUGUGCUGACUCUCAGAGGGAGCAAGAAUAUAGACCACUACUGGAAAGUACUCUCUUAGAGCUACACAGAGAAUAGAGACUACUUGCCAAAAACUAUUGGGAAGUGCUCAUUAAAAGGCUGGGACACCGAUGCCAACUGUACCCCCAAAAGGCUGGACAGUUCAAAAGGGGAGGAUCAGUCAGAUGGAAGUACUCUACUCUCAAGGGAUUAUUAAAUGGUGGAGGUGCCAUCCCAUCUCUGGUGAUAAAAGUUGUUUGUUCCCUUCCUGAUAUGGAAAGUAGGGGAUGUUGAGAGGAGGGGGGAAAUACCUUCAUAAGGGAAUUUAGGAUCUUGUUUUCAGGUAGAUAGGAUACCACAGAGAGGUCAUCCUAUGCCUACUUUUUCUCAGUUGCCUUCGGCUCAAAAUAAUCCUUAUGCCAGAGUAGCAAAGAUUGGGGUGACAUAUUCUGAUCUCCUACAGUCCCAUAUUUCACCCUGAGAGAAAUAACAGUUAAUUCUCCCCACAGAAAUGGUUAAAGCAUGUUGCCAGUGCUAACCUCUUGGGGGAGACUCCUCCCAAUCGAGUUUAAGUUUACAGGUCAGGGACUUGAGCAUCCUAUCCUGGUGAAGCUGAAAUCAGGAUACCACUGAGUCUCUGUUAUGGAAGGUGCAGUGUUCUGGGAGCAUCAUUUUAUCUUGGUAAUUACUUAAAGAUCUUGGUAUUGAUUUGUUUUCUUCUGUUUAAGUAUGUUGGUGUUAAGAAUUUUGAUGAUACUCUUUUAAAACUGAGGUAUACCAGGGGCACCUGGGUGUGGUGCAUUUGGUUAAACGUCCAACUCAUAGUUUCCACUCAAGUCAUGAUCUCGGGGUUGUGAGAUCAAACCCCAAGUCAGGCUUCAUGCUUAGCACAGAGACUGCUUGAGAUUCUCUCUCUCUCCCUUACUCCUCUGCCCCUCCCUCAGUUUUCACUCUCUCUAAAAUAAAUAAAUCUUUUUCAAAAAAUCCUUUAAAAAGUGAGGUAUGCCAGAAAUUUGGUGUAUAAUUUAACUUUUGAGAUUCUGAUAAAAGCCACACCGGUGGUUCUCGUGAAACCCUGUCCAGGUUGCUAAAAGAACCACAGUGCUAUCCAAGGCAUGAAGAACCCAUCUAAUUCAGAACAAGCACAAUCAGAAGGAUGAGUUUAACCCGAGCAUAUAAGAGAAUCUAAUCUUUUAACUUUUUCUCCCUGGGAAAUUCACAAUGGUAGAGGGGUCAUAUUUAAAUCGGUGGACAUCAAUAUUUGACUUUUUUUCUAUGGAAGUAUCUUUACAUCGUCAUAAUCUCUUUUCAGAGCCUCUGAUAGACUGACCAAACGACAUAGUUAGACAUAAUUGGGACUGCAGAGUGAAAUGGGAAACUUUCAGCUGGGAUUCAGCAUGGCCCUGGAGUUAUUUCAUUCACUGAAUUACCUUGUGAGGGCAAUAGCUAUUCUCUUUCAACCAUUCGGAUGGGAAGAGUAGGGGGAUAUGCUCAUGGUGGGAGCAGCACUGUCAGGAUAGAUUGCUGGUCUUCUACCAAGGAGAAGAUCACACUCUUGGUUGGCCUUGAGCUUAAUGGUUAAGCCCAAUGAGCUAUGAGAACAAAAACCCUGGGAGUAUUGGAAAGGGGAAACCCCUUUCCCUAGCAUCAUGUUUCCAUAAUAAAAGGAAUUCUUAA